CCACAAUGACCGAAGAAAUCGACUACAAUAUUGUAAAGUGGCAAGCCCAACUCACUUCCAAGAUCCACCGAGAUCUCUACCCACUCUUGGAUCCUCACAACAAUCCAGCUCUGUCCGCAGCAGCAGACAAAAUUGCUUCCACAUGGGUCAUAGCUGGCUCUGCGGGCGUGGUGAUUACGGGACGAAACGCAGAUAAGCUAAGGAAGGUGGAAGAGCAGCUGGAGUUGUUGAAGAAAUCCGAGUUUCCAGGUGAACCGAGAACAAGGGUAUUGAGUGUGCCUGCGGAUGUGACGAAAGAGACGAAGGUGGCGAACCUCUGGUCCAGAGCGGGAAAAGAGCGGGGCCAAGUCAAUGUCGUCGUCAACAACGCCGGCACCCUAACACAAGCAAAGACCGGCGAAGAUGCGCCAGCUAACCUGUGGAGAGACUUCGAAGUCAACGUCAAAGGCGCCCAACUCAACAUCCACCACUUCCUCGCCCGACUCCCCUCCUCCAGCACCGGAACCGUGUUAGACAUCUCAACCGGCAUCCUCGGCGAAACCUACCCAAACUUCGCCUCUAUAUCCCCAGCAAACUCUUUGUGGCUAUGUACGGAGAGGGCGGAGUGGUUGAGAGGGGGUUUAGUGAGUGUGAACUGGGAUUUUGAGGAGAUGGAGGAACAUAGGGAAGAGAUUUGGAGAAGGUUUGGGAAGGGCGGGCAUUCUUGGGCAGGGAAGUCUUGA